UGGAUUUAACUGUAAACAGUGCCUGUAAAACACAGUUUUAAAGCAGGUAUCACAAUGUUAUAAAUGUACAUUACAGGUCACCAUGCUGCUUGAAUCAGAACAAGUGAGGUUAUAGUUUGUGUCACAGUACUGUAGGAAGCAAGUGCUCAAAGGUUCCACAGUGGAAUAAACAGGGUCCCAAUGCACUGCUCUUGUUUAAAACAUAGUAAAAUGUAUGGGUUGUGUGGCUCAAACACUUGGUUAUGUAAUACAGCCAUAUUUAGCAAGUGUCCUGACUUCCAGUUUAAAGAUAAUAGUAGCCUUUAUUGUCAUUGCACACAAACCUGCACACAACAGAAGUUAGUAGGGUCGGUUCCCAUAAAUGAAAAGAAACAUGCUACAUCCUACAACAGCAAAAAUAUUCAUUGUCACACAAAUUUAUUACUUUUCCACAAGAAUUAUAGAUGAGAAUUAAAGAUGGUCGCUACUUAGGUGACUAAUGACAAUACAAUUAUAACUGUAAUUUGUUUCUUGAGUCGUUUUAAUUUUUUUUAUUAGUAUUUAAAAUGAUGCACUGUUUUUUUAACUUAAUAAACAUUUUUAAAGGGGGAAUGCUGUUUAGUAUAUAAACAUAUGUAUAAUCUUUGUUGCUAUUGGUUACUUUUAUUUAGGUUACUCCAGUUUUCAGUAAUGACGGUAGAGUGUAUGUGAACGUAAACACUCUGGCUUCACCUGUCGUUCAAGCGCUCGUUACUCAGCAGCGACAGAGAAUUCACCGAUGCAAACUGCAGCCUUAGAAGCAAAGUCUCUUUGCUCCGCGGUUAUGGUUGCCCGUCCGCAGCCAAGGGGAUUCUCCCUCCGACAACAAAGUGAUGGAUAACAUCACCGUCCGACAAGGAGAGACAGUCUUUCUCAGGCUGAAUUCUUCUCAUCAUCCCAGGCUUUGUGCUGUGGAGCAAAAGUGUGCACAGGGGGACAUUGUCACCCACACAGCAUGGCUUAACCGGUCAAGUAUACUGUAUGCUGGAGAAGACAAAUGGUCAGUGGAUCCCAGAGUCAAUCUGGUGACACUUAAUCAAGAAGAGUUUACCAUCAAGAUUGAAAAUGUGGACAUGACAGAUGAAGGCCAGUAUGUGUGUGCAGUCCAGACAAGCAGUCGUCCAAGAACCACAUCAGUGCACAUUCUUGUCCAAGUACCACCGAAAAUCAUCAACCUGUCAAGAGAUAUAGUGGUAAACGAAGGCUCCAACGUGACCCUCCUUUGCCAAGCCAGAGGUAAACCAGACCCUGUCAUAACCUGGAAGCUCAUCUCCCCAUCAGGUGACCUGGAAUCAGAUGAUGAGUACCUGGAAAUCCCAUCUAUUACCAGACAGAGAGCAGGGACGUAUGAAUGUACAGCUGUCAAUGAUAUCGACGCUGAUGUGCAGACAGUAGACAUCACUGUCAAUUAUGGUCCAGCUGUGUCCGAGGGCAAAUAUGUUGGAGUGACUCUGGGCCAAAGGGGAGUGCUAGAAUGUGAAGCUGAUGCAGUGCCUGAGGCAGAUUUUGAGUGGUAUAAAGAGGACAGGAGAAUCUUCAACGGCUUUGAUGGCAUGGAGAUAGUGAACACCGGAUCACUGUCAAAGCUCACAUUUUUUAAUGUGUCUGACGGAGAUUAUGGCAACUACACUUGUGUUGCCAUCAACAAACUGGGGAGCUCAAACACAAGCUUCCUUCUGUAUGUGGUAAUUGAACCCACUAGCUCAACGCUAUUGCAAGGACCGAUUGCAGUCCAGGACGGCAGUGGCGGCGCAAUGUGGGUGCACUCACACAUCUGUCUCCUGUUCAUAGUGUUUCUGCCACUCCUGCUCAGAUUUUGAAGAGGAAUGGUAUAAAGUAGUGUGUGAUUGUGUUUUUUUUUAUAUUAAAUCAUAAACUGAUGCAGUCAGUGUGUGAAGCAAAUCCCUGGUAUACAAUGUUGACACACAAAAUGAUGACAAAACUUUGUAGGUCUUUUUUGUUGUGGUAAGGGUGUAACAAAUGUUUUACAUUUAUUGUUUUUUUUUCUCUAAUUUAUAAUAUUCUGGAGCAUCUCUUCACAGUGGUAUCUCUGUGAUAGAAGAUGGUCUUUGUUUGUACCUGUGUUACAUGUCCAUUUUAACUCCAGGAGAAGACUAAUAUAACAAGUCUGAGAGGUGAAUACCUCAACGUUGAACAAGAACAGUGAAGCAGGUGGAUUUUAGGUCAACCUUAAAAAGUAUUAUCAUAUUUUAAUGUAUAAUAAUUAUGAUCUGAUUGUUGCUAGCUUAAUUGUUUUUAUUGUAUUUUAGUUCUCAGUUCUCAGAAUUACAGUGAAGCUGUGAAACAGUUGUGUUCAGCUACUAAUUGUGAAUUUACAUUUUGAGAAGGGAAAUUAUUUAGGACAUGUAUUUGUUUUAAAUUUUUUAUGUUUUAUUUUUCUUUACUAGUACUAGUAAAGUUGUACUAGUCGUACACACCAAUGGUGUCAAAAUACUUUUGUUAUAAUUAAGCAAAGGGAGACACAAAGUAUUCCACUUUUGUGCAGUCAGUGUCUGACUGAAGUAAUCAAAUGUAUUAAUGCUUUUGUUAUUUCUUUGAACAUCACACAUUUUCUACACAACAGAAACAUUUGGCACAAUGUUGCUGUUUAUGAUUCAAACCAGCAUUGGAAGGUUACAGAGCACUGAGUAAGGUCAUGUUAAUAUUACAUAACCAUAUGUUUUGUGUGUGUAUUUAGCCACUGGUUACCCAAAGAGUAUAGCAGUUUAUGUAAAUCACAUAUUUUUUAGUCAUCACAUUAACCAAAACAAUCUUCACAUAGUUUCAGGAGUUUUGUUUAACAACAUAGUACUGUUUCGUCAAACACAAAUGUUUUAAUAUGGGUUUAACAUAUAAACAAUUAAAAUGAUCUAAAAGUAAGUCAAAGAAUUAUUGCAUGGGUCAUUAGCAUGAAAUGUUAAAUUCAUUACAUUUACAGCUCUAAUAGAAAGAAACCAGAAGUGUAGGCUUACUGUAACGUAUGCAAGUCAAUUGCAAUAACUGAGACUGAUCACAAGUCACAUUAAAACAUUGCAGGUGUUUUCAAAGGCAGUAAACAAACAACAGACCUCAAAUACCUGAGGGGUGUUGCACAAAAGUAAGGAUACCCACGAUAAGGGAAAUCCUGGCCUGACCGUACAAGAUGGUUGAUGUUCAUGGAUUUGUUUAAAAUACCAUAUGUAUCAGUCACAUAAUUAUUGAUUAAAAAUGAGCAAAACUUGGGUAUCAUUCUUCGCCUACAUAGAAAUAAAAAGAGAAAAAGAGUCAUUUGUAAGAAGCGAAAGGUGACCACUAUAAUUUUUAUUUUAGCAGCCGUGGAAAUUUCUAUCCUGCUUAAAUGUGCAUGUAGCACAUACAUAAUUGCUAAACAAUGCCCCAGAAUUAUAGCAUACACUAUAAAUGCCUUAGAUGUAACCAUCAGUUGUUACUCAUGUUACUCAGGAAACUAAAAAGGUUAUUUACAAGUGCAUUUUGUCUGUUUAAUUUAUUAUUAUUUAAUCAAAGCUAUUGUACACUUAAUCAGCUAUCAAUAUAAUAUCAAUAGAUUAUCAUGUUAAUGUAUUCUUAAUCAAUGUAAUAUUUAUUAAUUAAUAUAUUAUUUAUUAAUUUUGUUCUAUAAGCACAUGACGCAAACAUGUCUAGAGGAAAAAGAACAUGUCUGCUGAAUAAAAUUCCACAGUUACAGUAUUAAUUACAACUAUUACAUUAGCAUUUUAAAAGUCAAAGUGGAAAGUGUUUACUCCAGUUAGCUUGUGGUAACCUGAUGUCUUAUUAUAAUUCCUGCUCCGGCAUCUAUGUUGUAUGUAAGUCCAAAAACCUGUACAGUAUUUACUGAAAACUGUAAAUGCAGAAAUGAAUGGAAGUAUCUGGGGUAGUUUAUUGCAAAAUAAUAAUAAAACAAUAAUUUUAAUAGAACAAUAAGUCAUUAGAAUUAACUGUUAUGGACGAGCUAACUUCAGAGAAUACAUUUCCAACUUAACUUAAUUCAUCUUUAUUUAAUCUGCUCUCAAGCAACUAAAUUAGGAUGGGUGAAGUGGAUGAAUAAAAAACAGGCAACACAAAAUCAAUCUCCAUGGUAACUGGACUGGGAUUAAUUCAUCCUGCUUUUGUGCAACUGUGCAAGGAUAACUUCAGCCAAAAGAUUUGGCAAAUCUGGGGUUAAUUCUCUAUCUUGUUUUUGUGUAACACCCCUCUCAUUUAGCUGUGAGCGUGAGGAGUUUAUGCAACAUUGAGUAACCUCUCACAAACACGACAGCAAAAAUUAAAGCCUCUAAUUUAUCUUUAUUAUGUCUCUUUUGCUGGCAAGUGAUUCGUGACUGCAUGACUGCAUUCAGGUUCCAGCUAGCAGUGGGGAAAAUGCUGAGUGACAACACCAAACUAUUAAGACUUGUGUGUUGGUGGUUCUGUAUAUUGUGGGCAUGACUUGUUUUUUAAUGAAUCUCUUACUUUUGUGUGCAGCAUCACAGCAACCCUAACUUUGAGAUAUUAUGCUUCUAUACAACUAAACUGUAAUUAGUAUAGACAUAAUGACAGUAAGUUGAUUGUCAGCGAGUUGCAAAUAUGUGCGUUUUACUGAGCAUAUCAGUAAGAGGUUUACAGGCAUUCAGGAACGUUAGGCUUUUGUUCCUACAGCAUUAUUAACAGUAAUGGUAAUGAUAAAUUGGCCACUAUCAUGACUUACACUGAUUUCUGCAUUUUCUUUAUUUCAAUGAAACCUAAACUCAUGUGGGGGUGGGGGGUAGCAGGUUACUCUGCUACUGUAUGGUACCAUGUCACUCAUGGUGAACUUUCUAUGGAGACGUGGUAUAAACCUAACCUAAACCUGGCCCUUAACACUGAGCUCUCUUCAUCUAGUGUUUCUAUUUUCAGCCUCUUCUUUGCAACUUGCUCUUCAUUAAGACAUUUAUUGUGUUAUUCAUUAAAACAAUUACAUUGCA